AUGCCUCCCGCCUUAGAUCAUCCUCCUCUAAACUUGAUCCUCUUGGACAAGCCAUUCAUCGUCUAUAAACUAUCAGUAGAAGAAUCCUUACCUCCUAACAUUGUGGAGGCGAUAUCUCACAACGUUGCUGAUGAGGAAAUGAUAUCCAUAACACGCACGUCGGACGAAAUCUCUAUAGUCGGAAAUAUUGACAGCUUGCCUGACAUUGAGGCACCUCGAUGGAAAUGCAUCAAGAUUAAGGGAAAUCUGGAUUUUGGAUUGACUGGCAUAAUGUGUGACUUCACUACUCCCUUGAAACGCGCCGAAAUUUCAAUCUUCGCCCUCAGUACAUGGCAAGUGCACAAGAACACCGAUUAUAUCCUAGUACCAGAAGCCAAGCUAGACGAUGCAGUAAAGGUUCUAAAGGAGGACGGUUGGAAAUUCGAA